AUGAGUACCUGCAAUCAUACAAAUGAACAUGAGUUCAUGCUUGUGGGGCUGACAGAUUCCAAGGAGAUUCAGCUGGUCCUCUCUGUGCUGUUUCUCCUGAUAUACAUAUUCACUGUGUUGGGAAACAUGGGUAUAAUACUGAUCAUUCAUCUAGAUGACCAGCUCCACACUCCGAUGUAUUUUUUCCUCACCCACUUGUCAUUCCUUGACCUCAGUUACUCAACUGUAGUCACACCUAAAACCUUACAGAACCUGCUGACCUGCAUAAAAAGUAUUUCCUUCAUUGGAUGCUUCACCCAGUUGUAUUUCUUUGCUCUCUUGGCAAGUGCUGAAUGUUUUAUACUGUCAUCAAUGGCCUAUGAUCGCUAUGUUGCUAUCUGCAACCCUCUACACUAUCCAGUUAUUAUGUCCCCUAGGCGCUCAUGUGCUCUUAUCACUGUGUCCUACAUGACUGGAACUUUGGUUGCCUCUGUCACUGUCUCUACCUUAAGCACAUUGGAUUUCUGCAACUCCACGGUAAUUCAUCACUUCUUUUGUGAUACAUUCCCAAUUUUAGCUCUGUCCUGCAGUAAUACAUAUAAUGCAGAAGUCAUUAUAUUCAUUGUAGCUGGUUUUACUCUUUUGCUGUCACUCAUCAUGAUAUCCUCAUCCUAUGUAUCUAUUCUCACUACAAUUUUGAAGAUAAAUUCUUCUUCAGGAAAGCACAAAGCCUUCUCCACAUGUGCCUCACAUCUUAUAGGAGUCACUGUUUUUUAUGGUACAAUGAACUUUACUUAUUUAAAAACAAGUAAGUCCUACUCUUUGGGAAAGGAUCAAGUAGCUUCUGUUUUUUAUACUAUUGUGAUCCCCAUGCUGAAUCCACUUAUCUAUAGUCUCAGGAACAAAGAAGUGAAAAGUGCUGUCAUUAGAGUUAUGAAGAAGAGAGAGUGCACCCAGAAAUUAAAAUAA